UGAAAAAAAUAUUUUAAAAAACUAUUUGUUUUUAAUUUUUUUAUAGUUAUUAAUAGAUUAAAUUGUAGUGCGCGUUUUUUAGUAAGCCUGCUUUGUACAGACAGCGAAUUCAUAAUAUUGAUUAGAAGUUAAAAAAUAAAGUGAAUCUCGGAUAAAAUAAAAUACCUAGAUCGUAAAUUCUUUCGGUAUAAUAAUUAUUAACAUCAUUUGAAUUCUAAAAGUCUUUUAUACAAGUAUUUUAAGCAAUAAAUCAAUAUUACAAACAUUUUUAGUAAUUGAUUUUAUUUGCAUAAGAAUUAAAAAAAGAUAUAUCCAUUAUAUAACCGGCGCACAUGCCCGUAUCUCCAAUAAACCCGGUGGUUUGGUUGCAGAAGAAUAAAUUUGUUGCACCUGGUCUUAAAAAAUUAGCAAAAAUGAUUUCUACUAUGACUAUCAACAAAUUAUUCUGUGAAAAAUACAAUACAGUUAGUUGCCAUGUACACAAACGCUGUGAGCGGCAACGAGUGUUUCAAAAAGAGAACCAGUUAACCCUAAUGGUUAGUGGAAAUGAAACUAAUAAAAACAAAGGUUGUGAUAGCCAACAUUAUGUGGCAGCUGUUGUUGAAUAUUUUCCAGCAUCAGGAUCAACACCAUCCGAAAAAAUAGAUAAAAAUCUUCCAGUGUAUGAAGAUAUUAUAAGUCAUGUCAGUCGAUACGAUGUAGACAUACUUGUUUUCCCGGAGGGUGGUCUCGCGGGAGUAACUCUACCAGAUGACAGAAAAGAAAUUAGAACAUUUUUAACUGAAAUACCUUCUCCAGAAAGCAACACAAUACCUUGUUUUUCAGAAAAUUGUAGUCCGGUAUUAAAAAAAUUGUCGUGUGCUGCUCGUAUAAAUCAUGUAUACGUAGUGAUUAAUUUACCAGAAAUAGAAUAUUGUAAAAAAGAAGACGAUGCAUCGUGUCCUGAUGAUUUAGAAAAUUACUACAAUACAAACGUAGUUUUUGACCGACAGGGAAAAAUUGUCGCCAGGUAUAGAAAAUACAACUUAUUUAGAGAAUUCGGAUUCAAUUCUACUCGUUCAGCAGAAUUGUGCACGUUUGACACUGAUUUUGGAGUACGUUUUGGUAUGUUUAUAUGUUUCGAUAUAAUGUUUGAAAAUCCAUCAAAGCGCCUUAUCCAAGAAACUGGUGUAAGAGACGUUAUAUUUUCAACAGCUUGGUUUUCAGAAUUACCGUUACUUACAGCCGAUUCGGUGCAAUCAGGUUGGGCAUAUUCUAAUGACGUUAACUUAAUAGCAGCCGGAUACAAUACACCAUCCAUGAGCGUAGGUGGCAGCGGAAUAUAUUCCGGACGAGAUGGCCCUUUGGUUAUGGUCAUGCCAGAUAGACAGGGAACUCAAAUACUACUUUCCAAAGUUCUUAAACGAAGGUUGCCUGACUCAAAUUUGAAAUCCAGUAGCGAAUGUAAAAUUGACAAAACGUUUAUGACAUUUUUGGCUGAUUAUCUUGUUAUACCUUAUGGCAGUGAAAAGUUUCCAACGAAUAAAAACCGUCCUAGUGAUCUUAGAUUCUUUUUAGAUGGAAGCUUCAAGUAUUUCCAGGUAGAGACUAUGGAGUCGGAAUAUGAUCAGGAUGAGAUUUUGACAGCAUCGUUCUCUUAUGAGCAAGACGGUUUCGCAUGUGCUAUGACAAUUAGUUGGCGAAAUGAAAACAACAACGUAUCGACUGAUUAUAAUAUGUUUGCGUAUUCCGGUGAUAGGACUUUCGGUGGGUUUCUCAACGCUCAUAUCGAAACAUGUGGUCUAACUUUAUACAAGUACAAAGAACAUUUCUCGGGGGGUGUCACCUAUUACAACCCUGCUAAAAAUCUCGUUACCAUCACAGCCAUUGACAUCGUAGCAAGGUCCUCAGAUUUGACCACCGUACCUAUACCGACUACGCUGAAUAUGUCCAGUUAUCCACUAACUAGUGACUUUUUUACUUUCGCUAAGCAUACUGUAUCGACUGAUGACGGACAGAAAAUGCAAGAGAUUCAUAUGCAGCUAUCUAAACCGGUGGCUGACUUAGUUUCAUUCGGUAUCUACAAACUUCCUCGAGACAUGUCAUUAAUAGAUAGUUGAUGAAUUUCUCAUUCCUGUGUCUAAUUUAAUUGUAAAUUAUGUAUUAUAAGAUAUUUACUUAGUUAAAUGUAAAAAUGUGUAAUUUGUUGAAAACUUCAUUACAUAUAACUGUUAAUUAUUGUUUAAUGUAGUAAUAUACUAGUAAAAAUACAUCAGUUGUAUCCGUGAAAUUUGUUAGAUAAUGAUACUUAGAUUAAAUUACUCUAUAAAAUAAGUAUUUCAUUUAUUCAAAAAUCUGUUAUUAAACAUUUCGAUAUAGUUUAUCUUUGUUAUUAUCAUGAAUUUGACAUAUUCAACAAUGACUGAUGUUAAGUAAUAAGUUAUUUAAAUUAUGUAAGCUAAUGUACCAAUUUUAAAAUAGUAGAAGGUAAUUUUACAGUGACGUAACAAAGGUAUAUAAAGAUGAUCUAAUGAAAAAUAGUAAAAUCUCAAUACCUAUAAUUAUAAAUUUUACAACUAGUACAAAAAUAUUUUGUAAAUCGUUGUAGUUACCAUGUAAAAUUGUACCUGAUAAAUAUUAAUAUUUAUAAUAUAACACAAUAACAUUAUGUUAUUAUUAUUGAUCUCUGUGCAUUAUAGUAAUGUUUAGUUAUGUAUAAUAAACAUAUUAGUAUCAUUAUUUUAAUUAAAGUUUUUAUUAUAUAAAUAUACAACAAGUUUAUUACAUAAAUAGUUUUAGCAAUUUAAAUGCUACAUCAAAUUUUUUGUUCUGAAUGUUGUUAAUUUUUUUUAAACCCAAAAUAAUUUCAAUGUGAACACAAUAAAUUUGACAUUAUUGUUUAUUUUUUUUACAAAGAUUUGAUUAUUUUACUAGUAUAAAAAUUUAUACUUGAAUAUUUAUGUUUAACGUAUAUUAAUAAAUAUGUUGAUGCCCAUUGUGCAAAUCAUGUUUUCCGUGUUCUAGGGACGUAUUUGUAGUAUUUCAUAUUAAAUAUCACUUUUUAUCGUUUUUA